AUGCCGCCGAUAUUUUCGCGUGACGCGCUCCAAAGUCGUCUUCCUGGUCUUUUAGAGGCACCGAACAAGACUACAUCCUCCGCAAUACAGCGCAUCACCUAUUCUGGACCUAUCGCGCCAUGGACCGGCUUUAAGGCAGGUGUCCUGGCUAGCAUGCUCCCAUCAGGGGGAAAUAUCAUCGACCACAGCCUCAAGGGCCGCGAUAUCAAAUUGGAGCAGGUUUAUGUCGCCGAUGAGACGGGUGUCCAGGAAAGGUUCCAGCAGGCCGUUGGGCAUGUUCUUGGUGCGGUCUCUGAAGCACGAGGUGUGGACAUUCGAUUCGCUGACUUUAAGUCGGCUGGCCGUCAAUACAGGAACACCCCAGAUGUGGCGAUCGUGUCCCGCGGUACUCCAGUUACACUGAAGGCUGUGGGCGAACUGAAAGUCCCCUGGAUUGAAGCCCACGAACUAGGCGAAAAAUAUCACAAUUUGGACGAUUUGCGUGCGACAAUUGGCCAAGUCGUGGAGUACAUGAUUGACCUGAAAGUUCCUUAUGGGUUUCACUCAACAUAUGACCAGACAAUCUUCUUGCGUCACAUCCAGAUCCAUGGAUCAUGGAGACUGGAAUAUUCAUGCGUUAUUGACAACAACAAAACCACCGAUGUUUCGGUAAAGCAAUGCUUUUGGUACCUGGCCCGGCUGGCUGCUUUGGGGCAACCUGUGAGCAACCCCGAACAAAAGCAUCAUCUGAUUGUGAAGCGCUGA